CUUCCGACGUUAAGCAGAUGGCGCCAGCAGUAAAUGGAAUAUAUGCAAAGUCAAAUCACAAGCAAUUAAGAACGAUUUGUAUGGAACAGUGCAUCAACACGUACGAAUACCAGAAGAUCCUUUGUAAUGAAAACGAAGCACAAUUUCGCUCUAUCAAUCCAGACAAUCCCAUCUUUUUGGAAAAAGUAUGGUCCUUAUUACCAGCUAGACAAUUCAUGAAGAAAUGUGGAUGGUUUUUUGUCGAAAAUAGAAUGUUCUUCAAUGAUGAUGAUGCACUUAUUGACAUAAUCGAAAUCCUUCUUGAAUAUCGCAGUGUACAACCUAAAAAAUCUGAAUGGGUUGAAGAGACAAAGAUUGUUACUAAAAGUGAUGAAAAGCUAAGAGAUGAACAACUUAGAAGAAAGGCAGCUGCUGAGCGAGAGAAAGAAUUGGCUGAAUUCCGAAAAGAAAAAGAAUACAAAGAAGAUUUGGCUAAAAAGAUCCAUGCUGAUAUCGAAGCUGAUAAUAAGAGAAGAAGAGAACUUCAUAAAAAUCGAUGGUCUUCUGGAUGUCGUUGAAAAUGCCAAUUGAAGUCUAAAAUUUGUACUGCUAUUUGAUUAACUUUUUGUAUACUGUUUUAUAUGUUUUUUAGAAUCUCUUAUGAAUAAACAUUUUUUUUUUUAA